AUGAGGCCUGCGCCUCGGCUGCAGAUGACAUGGGGCCCGCCCCGGCCAUUUACUCAAUCCCAGCGACAUGGAGCCAUCGUGCGUACCGCGUCCAAAGCGUGGGAGAGCACCGUAACCGGCGAAGAGAAGUCUGGGCACAUCGCCACUUCGGAGAGCGAAUCCAUUCUCUUCUUUGACAACCUCUUUCCUCUUAAGCUCACCUACCUCCUCCGACGGUCAUGGCAGUCAGACCGUGACCUGACCGACCUUCUCAAGCGUUUCGAUAGCUCUGGCGGAGGCCUUGGCACCGACCCAAUCAAUCUAGUAAAACGAGCCAUCCCCAACGACCUCCCAAUCAAAGUCACAGAGAUCCUGCCGCGACUCAAGGACGGAGGAGCUUUUGUAAAAUUCAGCCAUGGCUCCGACGUUGUACCAAAAGAUAUCGAGAGACUGGUCAAGGGAGUUCCUUGGCUAGAGGACCUCUACCGGUUUCCCAAAAGUCGUGUCAAGGUCGAAUUCACAGGAAAAGAUGCUGGUGGCGAGGCCGUCGAACUCUCACAGGAGACCCUCUACAGUCUGUUCCGCAGAUACGGUAAAAUCGCCGAGAUAACAUCACAGCCCUCCGACUCGAAGAUUCUUCCAAAAUAUGCUUACAUCGACUUUGCGCGCGUUCGCGACGCCAUCAUGGCAAGAAAUUGUCUGCAUGGAUUCCUGGUUGACGAAGGUCUCGGUGGCGGAAAGAUUGGUACAAGGCUUCGCCUAUCCUACGAGCAAAAGGUCAAACCGCACAACAUCUGGAACUGGCUCACUAGCCAUCCCAGGGUGGUAAUCCCCGUCGUUGCCGCCCUCCUUGCUGCCAUCACAGUGGCCAUCUUCGACCCCAUACGCGAAUUCUUCGUCAAGGCCCACAUUCAACAUUCUUUCCGAUUGACCAACAACAAAUUCUACCGAUGGAUCAAGAGCCAGACUUCCGACAUUUUCUCCUCAUUUGGGCACAAGAAGGCUGAUAAGGCCGGGUUCAGUGCAGUUUGGCAGCAUCGCCGAGACCUUAUUGAGCAGAUUCAGACCUGGCUCCUUGAGAGCUCCGACACUUUCAUCGUUGUUCAAGGCCCUCGGGGUUCAGGCAAAAAGGAGCUCGUUUUGGACCAGUCACUCAAGGGCAGGAAAAACGUUUUAGUGAUCGACUGCAAGCCGAUCAUCGAGGCAAGGGGUGAAAGCGGGACCAUCAAACACCUAGCUGCCGCCGUGGGCUACAAACCGAUCUUCGCUUUCUUGAACAGCAUGAGCAGCAUGAUCGAUUUGGCAGUUCAGAGCACGACUGGUGUCAAGGCCGGGUUUUCCGAGACACUGGAGUCACAGGUUGUCAAAAUCCUUCACACAACCGCAGAGGCCCUAAAGGAAGUCUCCCUCGCCGGACGCGAUAAGGAUGGCAAGGACGGUGACCUUUCAGACGACGCAUACCUGGAGGCCCGUCCAGACAAGCGGGCUGUUGUGGUCAUUGAUAACUUUUUGCACAAGAACGAAGGCUCGAGCCUGGUCUACGACAAGGUUGCGGAAUGGGCUGCGGCCAUGGUUCAGAACAAUGUCGCCCACGUUAUCUUCUUGACAGACGACACCUCUUACUCAAAAUCACUAUCUAAGGCGAUGCCGGAUCGCGUCUUCCGCCAAGCUGCUUUGGGUGAUCUCUCCCUUGAUGUUGCCAAGAAAUUCAUCAUCAGCCGUCUCGAAGAAGACGAAAUCGAAAAGGUCCGAGAACAAUCUAAGGAGGCAGAGGAGAAGGAGGAUAAGCCUGAGCAACACCAAAAACCCGAUCUCUCGGAGCUGGACUCAGCAAUUGGAAUCCUUGGUGGCCGUCUCACAGAUCUCGAAUACCUUGCUAGACGCCUAAAGGGUGGCCAGAGCCCGCAGCGGGCCAUUGAGGAUAUCAUCAACCAGAGCGCCACCGAAAUCGUCAAGAUGUACCUAUUGGGUGGCAAGGAUACUGUCGAGGGCAAGAAAUGGUCCACCGAGCAGGCAUGGUACUUGAUCAAGGCGCUUGCUUCUCACGAUGCCCUUCGAUACAACGAGGUUCUCCUGUCCGAUACAUUCGCCUCUUCCACUACCCCCGGUGCCGCGAACGGCGAGUCGGCCUUGGAAGGACUCACAAACGCAGAGCUUGUUACGGUGGAGACCUACAACGGCCGGCCGCAAACAAUCCGUCCUGGAAAACCGAUGUACCAAGCUGCGUUUAGUCUUCUGCUCGACGACCGCGUUCUGAAGGCGAAGAUGGACCUGGCUCUUCUGAAAGAGCUAACCAAGGUGGAGGCCAAGGUCAUUGAAAAGGCCGAGGGUGAGCUGGCUCUGCUGGGCAGCCUGCCGAAGCAGCCUGCUCAGACCGGUUCCCGAGUAUCGUAUCUACUCGAAAAGCUUGAGGGCAGCCAAGUCAAGAUCGCAAAGUAUGAGAAGGAUAUUGCAGCGCUCAAGACGGUUCUCAAGCACAAUUACUGA